CUCUUUAAUUACCGUGUUCCGAAAUGCUGGUACUGUACUCAGUUAUAGGAAGAUCUAGAAAGGUUGAGAAUAAGAUUCUAAGAUGCUUCCAUAACGAGCAGAAUACAGAAUCUUUCCUGUCUCCUUCAUUGUGUGUAACUAUUUUGAUGGUUCAGAUAUGGUGAUCUCGGAAAAGGCAGGCCGAUCCCAUAUAUUUCAGCUCAUUACUUCGUUAUGGAUGGACAUAUCAGGGUUUAAUUCCUAAAGCAGUGUUUGUUUCGUGAUACCUUGGCUUGCUUUUGGUUUAAUAAACUUGGGAGAUUGCUUCAGGGAUGGGGGCGAGAUUUUCACGUAUAGCGAAAAGGUUUCUUCCGAAGUGUAAAUUUAGGAUUUUGAUGGUGGGUCUUGAUGGUUCAGGGAAGACGACCAUACUGUACAAGUUGAAGCUCGGAGACGUUGUGACGACUGUGCCUACUAUUGGGUUCAACUUCGAGACGGUGGAGUACAAAGGCAUCAAUUUCACUGUAUGGGAUAUAGGAGGACAAGAGAAGAUCCGCAACCUGUGGAGACACUAUUUCCAGAAUGCGCAAGGACUCAUCUUUGUGGUGGACAGUACCGACAGGGGAAGGAUACCAGAAGCUCGUAAUGAGCUUCAUCGCGUUCUAAGCGAUAAGGAGCUGGAGCAUGCAUGUGUACUGAUUUUAGCAAACAAGCAAGACUCGAGAAGCGCUUUGCCUGUAGCUGAGGUUGCCAACAAGCUCGGCCUUCACGGCCUUUCCAAACGACGUUGGUUUAUACAGGGAACAUCUGCAAUCACUGGACAAGGGUUAUACGACGGCCUUGAAUGGCUGUCCAAAGCCGUCCAUCCCUAACAGCUAGUCCCCUUGAAAGUAUUUACAUUUCUACUUUAUGUUAAAAAUUAUGUUUUAUUUUUACAUAUAUAUAUAUAUAUAUAUAGAGAGAGAGAGAGAGAGAGAG